UUUUUUUUUUUUUUUUUUUUUCUUCUUCAGUUAAACAAUGGAUUCUAUUCAAAACUAUUUACCCUACUUGAUUCCAGCUGUUAUUGCUGCAGGAAGUGCUUAUUUCUUUUUCAAUAAAAAAGUUGAAGUUCUAGAUGCUAAAGUAUUCAAAAAGUUUAAAUUAAUAGAAAAAAUUGUUAUUUCUCAUAAUACUGCCAUCUACCGUUUUGAAUUGCCUCGUAAAGAUGCUGUACUUGGUCUUCCUAUUGGUCAACAUGUGUCUGUUAUGGCCGAGAUUAAUGGUAAACAAAUUUCUCGUAGCUAUACUCCCAUUACUUCUGAUGAUGUUCAAGGUCAUUUCGACUUACUCAUUAAGUCUUAUCCUUCUGGUAAUAUUUCCAGACUAUUUAGUGAACUUAAGAUUGGUGAUGAAAUCUCGGUAAGAGGACCUAAGGGCACAUUUAACUAUACUCCUAAUAUGUGUAGAUCGAUUGGUAUGCUUGCCGGCGGUACUGGUAUAACGCCUAUGCUUCAGAUUAUUCAUGCCAUCGUAAGGAAUCCUAAUGAUAAAACUCAAGUGAGUCUUAUUUAUGGUAAUGUUACUGAAGAAGAUAUUUUACUUCGUGAAGAAUUAGAUGAACUUGCUAAAAAACAUGAUAAUAUUAAUAUUUAUCAUGUUUUGAAUAAACCUCCUUCUGGCUGGUCUCAAGGUUCUGGAUUUAUUACAGCAGAUAUGAUUCGCGAACGUUGUCCUCCUCCUGCUAGUGAUAUUAAAAUGUUAAUCUGUGGUCCUUUACCAAUGGUUAAAGCUAUGACUGAGAAUUUGACUGAAUUAGGAUAUGACAAACCUCGUGCUGUUAGUAAACUUAGUGAUCAAGUCUUCAAAUUCUAAUAAAUGGGGUUUUUUUUUUAAUUAUUAAAAAAAAAAAAAAA